AUGCGCUCCUUCGCUUCUAUCUUUACGGUCACCCUAGCCGCUGUCGGCUCACUUGCUGCCCCCACCAACGAGCCCGUCACCAGAACGGACCUAAUCAAACGCCAGUCUACUCCCUCCUCUCAGGGAACCCACAAUAGCUAUUUCUACAGCUGGUGGACUGAUGGCGCAUCCCCCGUCACCUACACUAAUGGUGCUGGUGGCUCCUACAGCGUUCAGUGGCAGUCCGGCGGCAAUUUCGUAGGGGGAAAAGGCUGGAAGACUGGUGGUGCCAAGACCAUUAAGUACUCUGGCACUUGGUCUCCCGUCAACAACGGCAACAGCUACUUGACUAUCUACGGCUGGACUAGGAACCCUCUUAUUGAGUACUACAUCGUCGAAAACCACGGAGAGUAUAAUCCCGGCAGCUCGGGUACCCCCAAGGGUGAGGUCACCAGCGAUGGCUCUGUCUACAAACUAUACGAGAGCACCCGUACCAACGCACCCUCCAUCGAAGGCACCCAGACCUUCAAGCAGUUCUGGGCCAUACGCGAGGACAAGCGCACUGGUGGUACUGUCACCACUCAAAACUUCUUCAACGCCUGGGCAAAGGCAGGCAUGAGCCUCGGUACCACUUUCGACUACAUGAUCGUUGCAACCGAAGGCUACAAAUCCGCUGGAUCGGCCAACAUCAACGUUGAGACUGCAGCUUGA